AUGGCUCUAAAUAAAAGUCUGGACGACGAACUCGACUUCAACCCGAGGGAGAAGGGAUCUAUUGAACGAUUAAAUUCAAUCAAACCAUCAAAUUAUGAUCCACAAUACAUUUAUUCCAAUAAUAAUGCCAAUAUAAGACGACCAGAUACAAGUUAUAGUGGUCUGGGAUUCUCUCAGGAUAACAAUUAUUCUGAUGAGUUACCAGAGGGAAGUAUAUUCAGAGGUCUGCCACCAUCACCUUCACCACCACCUCACAUAGGAGGAACACAAGAUGUAAAUGUCGCUGCCAAAAAAUGGCAUUAUAAACACACAUUGAUCUAUUUUGGUACACUGAUUGUAUGCGCAUUGGCAGUAAUAUCCUUUGAGAGUUAUAUCUAUGCGGCCAUUAAUGUCCACCGAGUUCAAGAGGAAAAUAAGUACAUUGAAAUGUCGAUCUAUUUAAGUCUUUUCAUUUUCAGUGGUGUUUAUCAAGUGAUUAUGACUUUCAUAGGAUUGCGUACAAAGUCAAUGAUGUUACUAUCUUUCCUUUUGCUAUUCUACGUGUUGAUGGUAAUCUAUACCGGGAUACAAUAUGGUGAAUUGCACAAGUUGAUGAGUAAACUCCAUAAAGGUGGUUGGAAAACAGGUAUUCAAGUUCUUAUGAUCUGUACCAUUGUUGUCAUUGGUGUUUGUUUAGUACUUCAAACGUGGAUGGUGUUGUUUGUCUUACGUCCCCAAGUUCGUUGGCUUCGGUAUAAGAAAAUUGGAGGAGAUUAUCAAUUAAGAAGAAUGUAUGAAGUCUUCCAAUUCCAUAGACUGUUAUUGUUAUUUGACUUCUUUUUCUUUUUAGGGUUCACGGUUCAAUUUGUGGUUAUUAUGGUUGGCAAACGUAAUAGCGUUGAGUUCAUUUUAACUGUCUGUGUAUUACCUUUAACGAUAAUACUUUUGGUAUUGGCAGAUUUCGCAGCCACUCGGGAACUAUUAUGGUUAACUAUCUGUUGUAUGGUAUUAUUUGUUUGUGGAGGAGUUUAUGUUGUAUUUAAGGUUGUUCGGUUAUUUACUAAGUACACUCUGGCUUUCAAUGUGGCUAUUAAACCAGGUUCUUAUUUCCCCGGAAGGAAAUCUUUAGUGUUAUUUGCUGUUAUAACCUUGGUGGUAUUACUAGUAACUAUAGUCACCGAAAUUUGCAUGUGUUUCACAUAUGGUAAGGGUUUAAAGCCUCUUGUUGAUGGGUACUACCGAAUUGGAUCCAGCAAGUCACGUGGAAAAAAGAAUCAAUUACAACAGAUUGUGAGUGAUGGAGAAGAUGGAAUUGAUGGUAUUCGUAUGCAAGAUAUGCUGGACUCAAGAAGUCUUGUGAUUGAUUGA